GCCUUCCCGCCGGCAGCAGCCAUGGACGUCGUCGACUCCAUGGUGGACCCCCUCCACGAGUUCGCCAAGGACAGCGUCCGCCUCGUCAAGCGCUGCCACAAGCCCGACCGCAAGGAGUUCACCAAGGUGGCGGCGCGGAUGGCGAUUGGGUUUGUCGUCAUGGGGUUCGUCGGCUUCUUCGUCAAGCUCAUCUUCAUCCCCAUCAACAACAUCAUCGUCGGCUCCGGCUAGGUUUGA